AUGGCAGCUUCACUAUUCUUCUUCGGCGACCAAUCCCAGCCAGCAAGUAAACUGGGAGGCCUAGUGGAUAAAAACCAUGGCAUUCUGGAAUGGGCAGAUAUGGUCACUUCCACAGUAGAAGAAGAUAAGACGAACCCGAUGACAUCAGCCCUUGUGCCUUGUAUUGCACAAUUUGGCUCUCUACUAUGGAAAUCACAUCAUGACAUGGAUCUUUUGGGUGAAAAUUGCCAAAUCUUUGUUGGGCAAUGUUCGGGUCUCAUUCUUGCAUGCGGGGCGGCAGCUGCCACAAGCUCCGAGCAUCUCGUUAAGCUAUCCGCCGAGAUGCUGCAAAUCGUUGUACGAAUGACCAAGUUCGUUACUCAGCGAUCUUGGGAAAUUGAACCAUCUGAGGACCAUAGUUGGGCAACUGCUGUCCAACUCCCGAGAGAAGAGUGCCUUAAUGGCAUCAAUCAUUGUCUUGAGCAUAGUAGUCUACCGGAUUACAAGAAAGCAUAUGUAAGCUUUCAAUCGGAAGAAUGGUCUGUGAUUUCGGGUCCACCAUCGACAUUGCGUCUUUUAUUAUCAGGAGUUUUCGCCAAUGCAUCCAAAAAAGAACUUCCAAUCUUUGCUGCAUACCAUGCAAGCCACCUUCGAGAGCCCCACGUUCAGAUAUUGUCUUCAAGCACAGGUGAAGCAUACGAGGGCAGCAUGCUGCGUUGCGUACUAAUGCAAGCGCUUCGCGACAUUCUUCAGCAGCCUGCUUCUCCGUCACGAGUUCUCCGCAAAGUUCAGAAUCAGCAAAACUCUGCUACCAAUCCAUUUAGAUUUCAUACCUUCGGGCCCUUGUGUCAGUAUGCUCCUUUUUAUCACCAAUUAAAAACGGCCGGAAUCAGAAUAUGCAAGGUUCCCGCCCUUUGCCUGAACGAAUCAGGGCCCAACGGAACUAAUGACGAUAAUGAGAACUUAGAGGAAGUGGAAGAACAAGAUAGUGAUGAAGAUGACCAUAUCAUUGCUAUUACGGGCUACUCUGGUAGAUUCCCAGGCGCCCAAAGUGCCACCGAACUGUGGGAUUUGCUCUGCGAAGGGCGUGAUAUGUCCGGUCAGAUGCCGACAGAAAGGUUUGCUCAAGGGUCUCUAGAUGCCUUGCCGACAGGUUGCUUCCUUGAUGAUGCCGGUCAGUUUGACACGCAAUUUUUCAACAUGUCAGGUCGUGCCACGCUUCAGACGGAUCCGGCACACCGACUGCUUCUUCUUGUAACGCAUGAAGCAUUAGAGAUGUCAGGUUAUAACGCAGCAUUGCACACCCGACAUGUCGGCACCUAUAUUGGGCAAGCCACUGAUGACUGGCGGGAGUACAACAUGGAUCCAGACGAUCCUUAUUAUGUCACUGGAGGCUUGCGAGCCUUUGGUCCAGGCCGGCUCAAUCACUUCUUCGGCUGGGAUGGUCCAUCUUUGUCAGUGGAUACAGCGUGCUCAUCAAGUGCCAUGGCUAUUGACCUCGCCGUUCAAGCUCUGAGAGGUCAUAAAUGCGAAAUGGCCGUCGCAGGUGGUGUGAACAUCAUUACAGGCGAUAAUGAUUCUGGCAUGUAUGCAGGCCUCGGCCGUGGCGGCUUCUUAGGCAGCGCCGGUACUGCGUGCAAGACUUUUGAUGCUACUGCAGAUGGAUACACUAGGGGUGAAGCUGUGUCUGUUGUGAUUCUCAAGAGAUUGAGAGAUGCCAGAAAAAGCGGUGAUACAAUCCAUGGUGUCAUCAGAGGUAUCGUUACGAAUCAUUCGACAGACACAAGUCCUAUCACACGUCCAUCAGUGGCUGCUCAAAAAGACCUCCUACGUCGAGUUUUAAAUGAAUCCUCAAGGGAGCCUGAAGAUGUAUCAUACGUUGAGGUCCAUGGCUCAGGGACUCAAGCCGGUGAUAGAGCCGAAGUUGAAGCUGUUGCAGCUGUUUUAGGGGGCGAGCGCCACGGCCAUUGCCGCACUACGAUCAGGCCAGGUAAUCUUCGUAUUGGCAGUGUAAAAGCCAAUGUCGGACAUAGUGAAGGAGCAGCGGCGAUUACUGGUCUUGUCAAGUCCUUGCUGAUACUUCGUCAUGGCCGGAUUCCUCCGCAUAUCGGCCUUAAAACUGGACCAAAUGCUAACUUUCCUCAGCUCAAAGAUUUGAAUAUUCGAAUCAACUUAGAAAAUGAGCCACUGCGUGACCAAGCCAACAAUGGUCAGAACCAUUCAGAGCAAUACCCAUCAGCUAUCAUCAUCAACUGUUUUGGAGCUGCUGGUGGUAAUACCAGCAUUCUUAUCGAGCAAGCGCAUAAAGAGAUAGAGUCAAAUCAGGUCUACAAACAAGAAGAAGAAGUUGACAAUCCCGGAUUUCAAACAUAUCUCAUAACCAUUUCAGCGAAGACCCGGUCUUCCCUUCUGGGCAACAAGCUUCGACUUCUCGAUUUCCUGAAGCAAACACCAAAUACCCAGCUAUCUGAUCUAUCCUACACCACCUGUGUGCGGCGAAAUCACUACAAAUUUCGCUCUGCUUACCUCGCUAGAACUAUUGAGGAUCUUCUACAGCAGUUACAUAACGACACUGAACCACUUGAUUCAGUUGGUGUAUGUCCACCACUCUCUAGUUCACCGCCUCAGGUCGUUUUUGUCUUUCCUGGACAGGGCAUCAAAUUAGCUGGGGCAGCUCAAACGCUAUUUAAAUCUAAUGAUGUGUUUCGAGAAGCCUUGUGCGACUACAGCAGCCUAAGUGAGGCUUUAGGAUUUCCGGGUGUGCUCGAUCACCUUACCAUUACUCCGACUGACAACAAAGUCGCAAAGGAUACGGUUUUGGAGCAAGUCUCACUGGUCACACUAGAGCUUGCGCUUAGCAGUAUGUGGAAGAAGUGGGCAGUACGACCCUCCAUCGUCCUUGGACACAGUCUCGGGGAGUACGCAGCCAUGCAUGAGGCUGGGAUUUUGUCCGCCUCCGAUACCAUUUGGUUGGUAGGCAAGCGUGCCAGUCUAGUACAGCAAACAUGUACAGCGGACGAGUGCCGCAUGUUGGCUGUGUUUGCGAAAGGCGGUGAUCUUGAACCAAUCAUGAAGGACUUCAGAAGAAUCGAGGUUGCUUGUUGGAACACGCCUUUACAGAUCGUCGUCGCUGGGCCCAUUGACGACAUCCUUGCGUUCCAAAACAAAAUCAAAGCAAGAGGAAUGAGAAGCGUCCUGAUACCCACUCCAUACGCUUUCCACACGGCACAAAUGAACGGAAUUCUGGAUCAGCUGCGAAAUAUCACCAAAACCGUUUCUUUUACGAGUAAGCCCCGUGUCAAUUUUCUAUCGACAGUCUACGGCACAGUGCUCAAAUCUUGCUCUUCAUGGUCUGAGUACCUGGUCAAUCAUGCCCGACAACCCGUUCGCUUCUCUGAGGCACUUCAAACUGUGAUGUCACUGAAUUCCAAUUGCAACACACUCUUCAUAACCUUAUCGCCGACUCGCUCAUGCCACGACAUGGUAGCAGCUAAUGCCACUAGCACUAGAGACAAUGUCGUAGAUAUCCUCGAAACAAUGCGCGAUAACAAUCCUGACUGCUUAAGCAUUAUGGCGUCUAGCUUGGCAAAGGGCUACACCAGCGGAGUUGACAUCGAUUGGGUGCGAUAUUUCAAAGCGACGAAAGGAACGGUAAGACUAUUAGAGCUUCCACCCUACCAUUUUGACUUGAAGGACUACUGGAUUCCUCUGGUAGGAAAGUCCAAGCAAGUUAGAACAUUGUCAACAUUAUCGCCCACUUGUUUCUCAUCAUCCACCCGCCCCCUUGCUACGGGAGCAAAGGAAGCCACAACAACAGAAGUCAUUCGGAAUCUCUCACAAGAGCCUCUAAGAAGCUUGAUAUCGGGCCAUGCUUUCCGUGAGAAAGCAAUCUGUCCAGCAGGUGUGCUUAUCGACCUGGCCUUUGUUGCAGCCCUUGAGAUGCUCGGCAAUCAGGCGAAACUACGUUCUCUCAGGCUGAGUUCAUUACGCAUACUAUCCCCUAUCAUACUUGAAGGCCAAGAUAGCGUCGAUGCAAACAAGUCUCUCAAGGUCACGGUGGAGAAGCUCAAAAAGUCUUCUGAACUUCGAGUCAAGUUCUCGAGCUGUGGUAAGCCGUCGAAGCACCAUGCAAGCUGCAUCGUACAUGUCACAGAAGACUUAAGUCCUGGCAGCGAAAACAGCUGCUGUUCCGCGGUUAACACACUUCUUCGUGCCAGCUCUCGCAUUAUGAAGCUGCGCUACAGCACCUGUGCAAAUCACUUUACGCAGCCAAUGAUUUACAAGAUGUGGGCGUCUGUCAUGCACUAUUCCCCCAAGUAUCAAGUUCUCCAGGAUUUGGUAAUGGCAUCUGCGGGCUACGAAGGUGCUGCCAGAAUCCUGACGACUGCCUCUGAGAAUGACAGUCAAACCUAUGUAGCAGACCCUGUUUGGCUGGACGGCAUCAUGCAGGUUGCCGGGUUUACGGUGAACAUGAAUGUCGCAGCUACACCUGGAGCUGUAUACAUUCUAACGGAGUGCGCGAAAGUUACUUUCUGGGACUGUCCAAAAGAACAACAUGUGUAUUCAUGUUACACACACGGUAAAUUGUUGUCCGGGUCUGCGGAUAUCCUGAUGGACGUCUGGGUUUUUGAUGAGCAUCAAGACAUGAGUUUGGUGGCCAUCGUCAACGGCUUGCGGUUUCACAAGCUUGAUGGUAAGGACGUCAAGCCUAUCAGCUCCAGAAAUCCUUCUCUUCUUCUACCUGCAGAGACACUACUAGUUAGUGAUAGUGAGCCGAACGUCGCAACCAGCUCGAACCUUACCAACAAUUCUGUCGAACCCUCCAAGUCCGGUACUAGUUACGGUCUUAGGAUACCGGAGCGAAAAGCAAUUCUCGAGCGACUCAUAAUUCUACUGGCCAAAGAGACAUUUUCAGACCCCGCUGAGAUCAACGAAGAAACAAUCAUGGCAGACUUGGGCAUCGACUCGCUACUAACAUCAUCCGUAGCUCAGAGUGUGCACACCGAGUUGAACGUCGAAGUACCACUCCUAGCAUUUCUAGAGAGCCGGACCGUUGGUGACCUGGCCACACUCUGCGCUAUGACUCUUAAUGGUACUAGCACUAAUGGUUCUGAUGGGAAAGACCCAGAUUCGAGUGGAAACCCCGCGAAACGUUCUUACAUCAAUGGCAGCGAUUGCGCCAUUGAUUCUUCAGAAUGGCCCAACACACAGGAUUCUAGCAGGCUAGUUGUGCUGAUGCAAAAGUCUGUUCACUCAAAAGAGAACAUGUUUCUGCUACCGGAUGCAUCUGGGAGCAGCGCUGUCUACACCGGUCUUCCCCCCAAUUUAUCCAUCGACACAAACAUGUCUUACUUUGCUCUCGAAUCACCAUUUCAUGGAAUGGAAACAGCUCCUGAUUGUUCCAUGGAGAGAUACUGUUCCUUCUUUGUCGAAGCCAUCCGACGCGUUCAGCCUUUGGGACCCUACAUGCUCGGGGGUUGGUCACUCGGGGGCCGUGUUGCAUAUGAAUGUGCAAGACAGCUUAUACAGCAAGGGCAACAUGUGGCAGGGUUGUUUCUUAUCGAGUCGUACGCAUCUCUCACUCCACAUCUCCCUACAGGUCUAGAUGAGAUCUCGGUCAAACAUCUUGAGAGCACAGGCUUUUUUGAAUGGUCUCGGCGAAAACCAGAAACAAAAAUGGGGACUGCUGAGUGGCAGAGACAGCAUAUCCUUCGUCUCAUACUUAUGAAUAGCGCCUAUGUGCUUCCGAACUUGCAUGCCAAAGGCCAUGAAAAGCUAUUGUCGGUACCGGUGCAACUAGUGUGGUCAGCACAAGGCGACUUUUCACAAUUUCCCGCCAAGAUUCUGCAGGCGAAAUCCGAAAUUGAGACAAGAUGUACAAUGAGAACUUCCACGAAAAAUGAGAAACACUGGUUGGAGAAGCCACGGCUGGAAGAAGUGGUGGCAAAGCAUUCUGACGAGUGGCAGCGUCUGAUAGGGACAAAUGUGCAGCGGCAUAUUGUGAAAGGGGAUCAUUUUGACAUUAUGCUUCCAAGAGUUCGCGAUGAUCUGGCUCAUGUGCUAUUGAAAGCGGUGAGUUGGUUUCGCGGUUCUGACAGGGUAGACCAUGGGGCCUUGCAACAUGUUGCUUAA